AUGCAGGCAAUGACUCAGGAUGCAGCCAGGGGCCACGACGUGCACGGAGGACCGCAUCCAGCAUGCCCUGGAGCGCUGCCUGCAUGGGCUCAGCCUCAGCCGCUGUUCCACCUCCUGGUCAGCUGGCCUGUGUCUGAACUGCUGGAGCCUGCAAGAGCUGGUCAGCAGGGACCCGGGCCACUUCCUCAUCCUCCUGGAGCAGAUCGUGCAGAAAACCCGAGAGGUCCAGGAGAAGGGCACCUAUGACCUUCUCGCCCCCCUGGCCCUUCUCUUCUACUCCACUGUCCUCUGUACGCCACACUUCCCACCUGAUUCGGAUCUCCUUCUAAAAGCAGCCAGAACCUACCACCGGUUCCUCACCUGGCCUGUUCCCUACUGCAGCAUCUGUCAGGAGCUGCUCACCUUCAUCGAUGCUGAACUCAAGGCCCCAGGAAUCACCUACCAGCGACUGGUGAGGGCCGAGCAGGGCCUGCCCAUUAGAAGUCACCGAAGUUCUACCGUCACCGUGCUGUUGCUGAACCCAGUGGAGGUGCAGUCCGAGUUCCUCGCUGUGGCCAACAAGCUGAGCACGCCCGGGCACUCGCCCCACGGCGCCUACACCACUCUGCUCCUGCACGCCUUCCAGGCCACCUUCGGGGCCCACUGUGACCUCCCGGGGCUGCACGGCAGGCUGCAGUCCAAGAGCCUGGCCGAGCUCGAAGACAUCUUCACGGAGACUGUGGAAGCUCAGGAGCUGGCUUCUGGCAUCGGGGACGCAGCCGAGGCCCGGCAGUGGCUCAGGACCAGGCUGCAGGCGGUGGGAGAGAAAGCUGGCUUCCCCGGCGUCUUAGACACUGCCAAACCUGGCCAGCUCCGCACCAUCCCCAUCCCUGUGGCCAGGUGUCACACGUACAGCUGGAGCCAGGACAGCUUCGACAUCCUACAGGAAAUCCUGCUCAAGGAACAGGAGCUGCUCCAGCCAGGGAUCCUGGGGGACGACGAGGAGGACGACGAGGAGGAGGAGGAGGACUUGGAAACGGAUGGGCAUUGUGCCCAGAGAGACUCACUGCUCUCCACCAGCUCGUCGGUCUUCCACGACUCCACCCUGUCCCUUGCCUCAUCCCAGGCCUCAGAGCCCACCCUCUCCCGCCAGCUGCUGACGUCCUUCGUCUCGGGCCUCUCGGACGGCGUGGACAGCGGCUACGUGGAGGACAGCGAGGAGAGCCCCUCCGAGUGGCCCAAGAGGCCGGGCAGCCAGGAGCGCCGGGGUCACCGCAGGCCGGGGCAGAAGUUCAACAGGAUCUACAAACUCUUCAAGAGCACCAGCCAGCUGGUGCUGCGGAGGGACUCCCGGGGCCCGGAGGGCGGCUCGGACGCGGCACUGCCGCUGCGCCGUGCGGGCAGCCUCUGCAGCCCCCUGGACGGCCCGGUGCCACCCCCCGCGCGGGCCCAGCGCUCCCGCUCCCUGCCCCAGGCCAAGCUCAGCGCCCAGCUGCCCGGCUGGCUCCUGACCCCCGCCUCGCGCCCCCAGCGCCGCCGCCCCUUCCUGAGCGGGGACGAGGACCCCAAGGCGUCCACUCUACGCGUCGUGGUCUUCGGCUCGGAUCGCAUUUCGGGGAAGGUGGCUCGGGCGUACAGCAACCUGCGGCAGCUGGAAAACAACCGCCCGCUCCUCACACGGUUCUUCAAGCUUCAGUUCUUCUAUGUGCCCGUGAAGCGAAGCCAUGGGACCAGCUCCAGCACCUGCCCCGCCCCUGCCAGCCAGACGCCCCCGCUCCCCACAGACUCCCCGAGGCACCCCAGCCCUGCGGAGCUGGAGAGCACCAACGACAUCUCCCACUACCUCGGCAUGCUCGACCCCUGGUAUGAGCGCAACGUGCUGGGCCUCAUGCACCUGCCCCCUGAAGUCCUGUGCCAGCAGUCUCUGCAGGCAGAGUCCCGGCUGCUGGAAGAUUCCGCGGCCCCGCUUCCCAUCCUGGCGGACAUGCUGCUUUACUACUGUCGCUUCGCUUGAAGGUCUGUCCGUGUGGCACAGGUCCUGGCAGCAAGCGUCUGGGCAUCGAUGGUGACCGCGAGGCCGUCCCUCUAACACUACAGAUUAUGUACAGCAAGGUGAGGCCACUGCUGGGGCCCNACAGGUCCUGGCAGCAAGCGUCUGGGCAUCGAUGGUGACCGCGAGGCCGUCCCUCUAACACUACAGAUUAUGUACAGCAAGGGGGCCAUCAGCGGGCGAAGCCGCUGGAGUAACAUGGAGAAGGUGUGCACCUCCGUGAAUCUGAGCAAGGCCUGCCACAAGCAGGAGGAACUAGACUCCAGCAUGGAGGCCCUGACGCUAAACCUGACAGAGGUGGUGAAAAGGCAGAACCCCAAGUCCAAGAAGGGCUUCAACCAGAUAAGCACGUCGCAGAUCAAAGUGGACAAGGUGCAGAUCAUCGGCUCCAACGGCUGCCCCUUCGCCGUGUGCCUGGACCAGGACGAGAGAAAGAUCCUACAGAGCGUGGUCCGGUGUGAGGUCUCACCUUGCUACAAGCCAGAGAAGAGCAGCGUCCACCCCCAACCCCAGAGGUCCCCCGACCCGCCAGCCCAGGCCACGCCCGACCUCUGCUCCCUCCUCUGCCUGCCCAUCAUGACGUUCAGCGGAGCGCUGCCCUAGUGGGGCCCUCACCAGCCGGGACGGGAAGCCCUGGGCAGGCAGCCUCCUCGGAGGCCCUCCCCACGCGGUGGCUGCGAGGGUCUCGCUCCCUGUGGGGAACUGGAUGGCCCUCUGUUGGAUCAGGCCCUGCUGUGGGCCCUGCCGUGGACAGCAGGCAGGGGUUGGUGGUUUCUCGGCCCUCGGGGGCUGUGUAUAGGAGAGACACAGGCAUUGGGGAGAGAGCGGCUGGCCGCACUGCCCCUCAAAUUUCUCACCGUAGAGAGGAGAGGGAUGGAUGAGCUGACCCCCAGAGGCCCUGGCCACUGGUGUGGUCUGGGAUCCUUUCUAGAAAGAUCUGAGGCUCUGGUGCUCUGGGAUGUGGUUUAGGCUGCCUCUGCCAACCCUUGGCCGCCCCCCCUGCCUUGGUUUGUCAAGGUCUUGGGGAACCCUUUGUGUCUGGGGUUCAGUCCCCUCUACUCUAGGGUUCAGGUGGUAGAAACAAGAGUAGGAAAUUCUUCCCAGACCUUCAGUACCACCACCCAUCUCUCUCUCUCUCUCUCUCUGUCUCACAAGUUCCCUGGGUCUUCUGAAAAACAGCACUAAUACUUUACCUGUCUACUGUCAGGCCCUGGAACACAUUCUCUCCGGAGCCCCUUUCUGGAUCUGAGAGCCUUGGGAGACAGGACAGGCAUAGGUUCAAAAGCAUCUUGUUACCUUCUAGCUCAGUGACCAGAAGGAAGUGAAUUUGCUUCUCCAAGCCUCCACUUCCUUAGCACUAAGACCUUCGGAGUUGGAAAAGAAGUUUUCUACGAAGCGCCCAAAGCUGGUGCUCAGUACAGAUAAGCGGGCUCACCCUUGAGCGCCGACUCCCCCCGGCCUGGCGCUGGGACACCCUCGUGGCCUCUGCAAUGCUCUUCAUUCACGCUCGAGGCAGGACCAAGACUGGGGGUGAGGUGUGGUUAGUUUUACCCUCUGAAGGAGGAAUGGUCUUGGCGAGGGUGAGAGGAGGGUUGCACGGGUACCCCCAAGCCCUUGCCGACUUGUCUCCCAGGUUUCGCCUUGGGACCCCCACCUCCACAUCACGCCUUAGGCUGGUGCACAUUGGGUAGGGAGGCUUCACUGGCACCAUUCUGGCGCCUGGGCGAGAUCCUGGAGGGGUGCAAGGGAAGCCUGGCCUCCAGGGGCUUCGUGCCUGGCUGGGGGAAAUGGGUCACAGGACGUGAGAGCCGAAAACAUAAAGCUGUGGGAUCAGAGUGGUUUGGAAGCUGGAAGCAAAUGUGGGCUAGGGUGGUAGGGAGGAGGGCAGGGCUGAGGACCAGGAUUUGGACGAUACAAGUGGAGAAAGUAAUCAUGGAAGAUGCUCGUAUCCUGCCCAGAGCCCCUGUCCCUCCUUCUCCUGCUUCACCUGGCUUACAGGAGCCCUGGAACCCCAGCCCCUGAACUCCAGCCCCACUGGAGAGAAGUGAACAGAGCCAGCUCAUGCCCCACGUCACCGUUCCUCCCUAGUCCUCGCCAUCGGUACUUGUUGCAGGCUCCAGAGAGCGGCCGGCCAUCUGCCUUCCAUAGUUUUUUGUUGUGUGAACAGGUUACUACAUGAUAAACUGAUAUCCAAGAAUAAACGAAAGAAUUUAAUAUUAUUUUCAAAUAAAACUUGAUUUAGUCUC